CACACUCACUUUCUCUCUCUUCAUCUUGAAACCCCAACCCAUAGUUUCAUUUCAUUUUCUCUCUCUCUUCAUAGUACAGAUAAAAUAAUAUAUUAUUAUUAUUAUAAUAAUAUCAUCAAUCAAUUAUCAAUAAUACGAAAAUAUAAAAAUUAUUAUUAUUAUAAUUUUGAUGAUGAUAUACUUGGUUCCGUUCCGUGAAGUUUUUAUUCAGAGUUGUGUGAGAUCUACUUCGCCGAGUAGCGAGAUUACAGAACCCUAAUUCUACGGAUUUGAAAAGUGGUUGGUUUUUUAUUUUGAGGAUCGCUGCAGCUCUAAGUGAGAAAGCUUAAUAUCGAUCGGAUUGAUUUUCUGUUAUGUUGAGGUGAUGAUUGAAAUUGGUUUUUGUGAUGGGAUAUAGGUUGACUUGAUUGAAGAUAUCUGAUUUGUAUUUGAUGAUCUCAGUUAAUAGUUGAUGUUGUUAUAGACUGGUUGGCUGCUGGUGUAGGGAUAAGCUUUUUGUAGAAUUAUUUGCAAAUUGCAAGUCCUUUUCAAUUUUAUAAGUUGACUUAUUAUAGUUUAAGUCCUUUUCAAUUUUAUUGAAGAUUGGCUUGUAAUAUUUAGUCUUUUGAUAGAAAUAUAGUUGCAAUACAAUUGUACAAUCAUCUGUUGGUCGUUGAAAGUUUUAGUUACUUCAAAGUAUUUGUCGGAGUAUAUCUUAUUUUCCGGGUUUUAUCUUCUGGGCUGUAUCGAAGAGGAAAUGGAAGCAGAGAGGUUUAGUAGUGAGCAGCUGAAGAGUAAAAUGGGGGCAGAGACACUGGGCUCUAAUCACGCUCCUGGCUUUCUUAGCCGAGCUCUUCCGGCUGUUGUACCCGUGCUUUUGAUUUCGAUUGGAUAUGUUGACCCUGGAAAAUGGGUGGCAAGUAUUGAAGGCGGUUCAAGGUUUGGUUUUGAUCUGGUGGCUUUCACGCUUAUUUUCAAUUUUGCAGCUAUAUUCUGUCAGUACUUAUCUGCCCGGGUUGCUAUAAUCACUGGAAGAGAUCUUGCUCAGAUUUGCAGUGAUGAGUAUGAUACCUGGACAUGCCUUCUCCUUGGAAUUCAAACAGAACUUUCAGUUAUUAUGCUAGAUCUUAACAUGAUCUUGGGCAUGGCACAAGGAUUAAAUCUUCUUUUUGGGUGGGACUUGUUCACCUGUGUCUUUUUAACUGCCACUGGUGCUGUUUUUCAUAUACUUCUUUCUGUCCUCCUUGACAUUGAGAAGGCAAAGUUCCUAGGACAGUUUGUGGCAGGCUUUGUGUUACUAUCUUUUAUACUUGGACUACUCAUCAAUCAGUCAGAAGUUCCAUUUUCUGUGAAUGGAAUACUAAUAAAGUUGAGUGGGGAGAGUGCAUUUAUGCUUAUGAGUCUUCUUGGAGCAACUCUUGUGCCUCACAACUUUUACCUUCAUUCCUCUCUUGUACAGUGGCAUCAGGGACCAAAAAACAUUUCUAAGGAUGCAUUGUGUCAUAACCAUUUUUUGGCCAUCUUAUCUGUUUUCAGUGGCCUUUAUUUGGUAAAUAAUAUGCUGAUGACCACAUCAGCAAAUGAGUUUUACAGUACAGGUCCUGUUUUGAUUACUUUUCAAGAUGCACUGUCAUCAAUGGAACAGGUGUUGCGCAGCCCAAUAGCUCUGCUUAGUUUUGUAUUCAUUUUGUUUCUUGCAAAUCAGACUGCAGCAUUAACUUGGAGUUUAGGGGGAGAAGUAGUAGUGAAUGGUUUCUUAAAACUAGAUAUUCCAGGUUGGCUUCAUUAUGCGACAAUUAGAGUGAUUGCUGUGCUGCCCGCCCUUUAUUGUGUCUGGAGUUCAGGAGCCGAAGGGAUGUAUCAACUACUUAUAUUCACUCAGGUUUUAGUAGCCCUGCAACUUCCAUCGUCUGUGAUUCCCCUUUUUCGAGUUGCUAUGUCUAGAUCAAUAAUGGGUGCACACAAAAUCUCCCAGUCUCUGGAACUUUUGGCAUUGACCAUAUUCAUUGGGAUGCUUGGCUUGAAUAUCGUCUUUUUGGUAGAAAUGAUAUUUGGCAAUAGUGAUUGGGCGGCUGAUUUGAGGUGGAAUGUUGGGAAUGGCAUGUCUGUCUCAUAUGCAGUUCUUCUCAUUGUUGGUUUUAUGUCAUUAUGUUUGAUGCUUUGGUUAGCUGCCACACCUUUAAGAUCUGCCAAUAUUCAAUUAAAUGAUAAGGUGUUGAACUGGGAUAUGCCAGAGACUAUACCGAUUCCACUGGUUGAUGGUGAAGAAUCAUAUAUAACUGAAACAGCGCAUCAUGAAGAAGCAUCUGUUGAAGUCGACGAACCAACACCCGCUUUAGCUAGCACAUUUGAGUACCCAGAAGUAUCACUUGAAAGUUUUCGUUCCAUUCCUGAAACCAAAAUGGAACCUGAUCCCCAAGUGAAUGCCGUAAAGGGGAAUAAUUCUGUUUCACCAUCUGUUUCCACAUCAGAGACUGGGGAAGCAUCUACUGUAGUUGAUGAUAGUUCUGAUUCUAGACUUGCAGAUACAAAAACUAUAAUGGAAAGAGAUGCCCUAAUUGAGAAGACUGUGGAAAUUGAAGAGGAUUCAAACGCUGAAAGGGAUGAUGAUGAUGGAGAGUCCUGGGAAACUGAAGAAUCAUCCAGAGUGGUCUUGCCAAAUGCCCCAUCUUCAACAUCAGAAGGCCCUCCAUCAUUCAGGAGUAUUAGUGGGAAAAGUGACGACGGUGGGGGUAGCUUCGGAAGUCUAUCGAGAAUAGAAGGCUUAGGACGUGCGGCAAGACGUCAGCUAACUCUUAUUCUUGAUGAGUUCUGGGGACAGCUUUAUGAUUUUCAUGGGGUGGCUUCCGAGACAGCAAAGAAAUUUGAUGUUUUGCUGGGGGUGGAAGGAGAUUCAAGACCCACCACUUCCUUGCAGAAAAUGGAUGCAUGUGGAAAGGACUAUCCGGAAUACUUAGUAUCUGCAGGCAGUAGAGCUUCCGACACUUCAAUUAACGCUGGUCCGUAUGACUAUUCAGCGCAGACUAGGAUGCAAAGUAAUUCAGAGUUGUCAUAUGGUCUUCAAAGGAGUUCUUCCUCAGUGCGGGCAAAUCCCAUCCAGUUACUGGAUGCAUAUGCACAAAACUCUGCCCGCAAUUUCCUUGAAUCUGGUGAGAGGCGCUAUUCCAGUGUGCGCAGUCUUCAUUCAUCCGAGGCUUGGGAUUAUCAGCCAGCUACAAUACAUGGUUAUCAGACUGCAUCCUAUCUUAGCCGGGGUGUGAAAGAUAGAAGUUCUGAAAACAUAAAUGGUUCAAUGCAAUUGUCAUCACUGAAGUCCCCUUCCAUUGGUAAUUCAAACUACAGAGAUUCCCUUGCAUUUGCUUUGGGGAAAAAGUUGCAUAAUGGUUCAGGUGUAAGCCACCCCCCUGGUUUUGAAAAUGUAGCUGUCUCUAGAAAUCGCCAACUACUAUCUGAGAGGUCCAAUUACGAUUCUUGCACCUCUGGCCCUGCAGCUAAUACAAUCAAUUCAGUUAACACUAAGAAGUACCACAGCUUGCCUGACAUUUCAGGAUACUCCAUCCCUCACAGAGCUGGCUACGUGGCUGAUAAGAAUGCACCGUGGAAUGGUUCUGUUGGAUAUGGUUCUUAUGCUGGUAGGAUGGGAUACGAACCCUCUUUAUAUUCAAAUGCUGGAUCAAGAGCAGGAGCUCAUUUGGCCUUUGAUGAAGUCUCCCCAUCUAAAGUGUACAGAGAAGCACUCUCUUCACAGUUGAGUUCUGGUCUUGACACUGGAUCCCUCUGGUCUAGACAGCCUUUUGAGCAGUUUGGUGUUGCUGAUAAAAUUCAUAAUGUUGGAAUGGAAGGUGCAGGAAGAAGGCCGAAUGCAAUUGUUCAAGAAACUACAUUUGAAGAUACAGAAGGGAAACUUCUUCAAUCUCUCAGACUUUGCAUUAUGAAGCUCUUAAAACUGGAGGGGUCUGAUUGGUUGUUUAAACAGAAUGAUGGAAUUGAUGAAGAUCUGGUUGAUCGUGUAGCAGCAAGGGAGAAGUUUGUUUAUGAAAUUGAAGCUAGGGAGACAAGUCAGAUCGCUCAUAUGAGCGAUACUCGUUACUUUUCUUCUGAUAGGAAAUCUGUUUCUUCGAUGAAAAGCGAGGCAAAUGCCUCUAGUCUUUUAGUUUCCUCAGUUCCUAACUGUGGGGAGGGAUGUGCAUGGAGAUUAGAUUUAGUAGUAAGCUUUGGCGUCUGGUGUAUCCACCGUGUUCUUGACCUCUCAAUUUUGGAAAGCCGGCCAGAGCUUUGGGGGAAAUACACCUAUGUGCUCAAUCGCCUCCAGGGCAUCAUCGAUCCAGCCUUUCUGAAUCCCCGUACCCCUUCGGCACCUUGUUUUUGCCUUCAAGUUCCCACUACACACCUGCAAAAGUCAAGCCCCCCUCUUUCUAACGGGAUGUUACCUCCAACUGUGAAAGCAGGCCGAGGCAAAUGCACUACUCCAUCAACGUUUCUUGAGCUGAUUAAAGAUGUGGAUAUCGCUAUCUCUAGCAGAAAAGGACGUUCAGGUACUGCAGCUGGUGACGUGGCUUUCCCAAAGGGGAAGGAAAAUUUGGCAUCUGUUCUUAAACGGUACAAGCGAAAGUUAUCAGCCAAGAAGCUUGUUGGUAAUCAUUAGGGGACUGGUUCUUGCAAGAUCCCCUUUUCAUGAACAUACACUCAAUAACAUUUUGCAUUAACAAGAUCAGGUUUCUUUGGGGAUGUUUUAUAAUUUAUACUGUGAAGCAGCUCAUACCUAGAUCAAGGAGUGCUCUGCCUCCAUGUAUCAAAUUCCUUGCAGCAGAUUUUAUCUUUGUAUGUUACAUACAUAUAAGAAAAGAAUUAUAUGCAGUUGUGGCAAAUCGGUUAAAAACGGUAGAUGGAAAAUAGUUCCAGUCUGUUUUUUGUUUUGUUUGGAUUUCGUUGCUUAUCUAGCUAGUGGAUAGAAGGCAGGGAGACAAUUAAGUUUUGACCCGAUUGUUUCCAGAAUUAACUUUUGUAUAAACACUGGAAUUUUGUUGUUUUGAAGUUUUUACAAUGAAGUCUGAAAUAAUUGUAAUACAAGUCCAAAAUUGGUUGAA